AGAAACAACUCGACCAUAUGAAUUCCAAACCUAAACAGAAACAUCUUCAUUAUCAUCAUCAUUACGUAAACAACGUGCAUUUGUUUAGAAAUUUUUAUCCUCACCACAUUCAGUUAUGUGGAAAAUCACUCGGAACUUAAUUUUCCCAAGAUUUCAUCCAAAUCAAACCAAAUAUACCUCUGAAAGUGCCCAAAAUCCUGUUUGUCCUUUUUUGAAAGUCCAUUCAAAUGUCUCAUCUUCUGAGAAGAAAAAAUCUUCAGAACAAAAUGAGUGGAAAAAAGAACGCUUUAACCAACGUUUUUGGAAUUGUGCUGAUUUCCGAUUUCAUGUGUCCAGAUCCCUAUUUCUAGAAACAGCUAGUUGGCUAAGUACAGCAACUGUAUUGAGCUUCAAUUUGCACCGGCGUAAAUUUUAUGCUCUAUUUGAUAAUGAAAGAGCAAGACUAUUUUGCCCUUUUUCAAGACAUGUUCUUGCUAUGCAAGGAGCAUCAACUCAAAAUAUGGAGUCGCCUGAAAACACCUUGCCUCCUGUACCUGAAGAUAAAAUUCAAAAGUCUGUUGAAGCACAUGUGGAUUCAAAUCCAAAUGUUUUCCAGGAUAUAAAAAACAAAUCAAAUGAAUAUGCAGCUGCUUUGCAUAACUCAAUAGGUAUCUCAUUCUUAGAUAAAAAUAACAAAAAAGCUUUUCGACAUUUCCUAGCAGCAGCACGUCUUGGCUCUAGUCCAGGAUUGUAUAACUUAGGAAUUUGUUAUGAACUGGGAAAAGGAACUAGAAUGAAUUUAACUAGAGCUGCAUUUUGCUUUAGAAAAGCUUCAAUGAAAGGUCAUGGGAUGGCUUCUCUCUAUUUAGCGAGAUAUUUUCGUGAAGGUUUGGGGGGCUUGCCUGUAAAUCAUGAGACUGCAAGGCUUUUGUUAGAGCAAGCAGCUGAUCAAGGCAUUGAAGAGGCUAUAAUAUUUCUAGGAUUACAAUAUUUAGAGGAUGGAAAGUGGUCUGAUGCAUUUGAACUAUUUAGUGACUUAGCUUCCAAAGAUAAUGUGGAUGCAACAUAUUAUCUUGGUUUGUGUUAUGAAAAUGGGUGGGGUGUUCACACGGAUCAUGAAAUUGCUAUGGAGUAUUUUUCAAAAAAUGCUAAAUUAGGACACUCCAAGUCAAUUAUGAGUCUUAUAAAAUAUUAUGAAGAAGGGCUAGGAGGAUGCAAUAUUGACUUGGAUUUUGCUUUAACAUUGAGUCAGAUGCUUGCAGACCAAGGAGAUGAUGAAGGUGUGAAGGCUGUUUUAAGACUGGAGUGUAAAAAGAAAUAUGAAAAAACCAGAAGUAUGCAUUACUUGGAAACUAAGAAAACAGGCUUGCAUAUGUCAUCCUCAGUUCCUGAAUUUCCAUCAGAAAAAACCACACAUUUAGAAUCACAUCGUUUUUCCAUAAUUUCUUCAUAUUUAAACUUGAUAAAUGAUUUUAUUCCUUUCAAGACUGAAAAGAUUUUCAGUGAAAAUGAAACAGUAUUUUAUAUUGGCCAACCAAAUGUAUCAUCUUCCUUAAUGCUGCAUUUACAUGCCAAAGUUUAAAAAUACAUUUGUCUUUUUUUUUAUCUACUUUUUAAAUCAUUUUAAAUCUCCUAAGAAUGAAGCUGUGAUAUCUUUUUGUUGUACAAAUUUCUUGAUAUGUGUUAAAUUGAGAUUGUAUAUGAUGUUAUUUGUUAUAAUUACAAUCUCUGGUAUU